AUGUCGUCCCCCGAUCGCACCAAGAGGGCCAAGCAUAGACCACAACCAACGCAACAGCCCCCAUCCAGGGCCAACACAGCCGAUGACCCGCGCAACCUCACCGCCGUCCUCGCAUUGCAUCGAACACGAUGGAUCUCGAGUGCUUGUGCGACAUUGCUGUUGAAGCAACCCAACAUACACUGCGAUAUCACAUCGGCACAGAAUUUGAGAGAUGAAAUCAAGGAACUCUACCCCCUGCGCACAAGGGCACGGGACAGCAGCGUGGCGGAUUUGGAAAUCGCUUGCGACGCCGCAGUCACUGUCGCAGAGGCCUACAACAAUGCCAACCCAGAUUCGACGAGUAUCAACCUGCGAUGGUUCUACGCCUGCGUUCAAAGCCUCCUCGCCAUAGAGCUUAAACCUGAAGUGUUCCUCGAUGGCCAGGUCGAAAGACUACGCGAUCUGCCGAUUUCAAUUGUUUCCGAUUUUGUAUCCGAAAUCGAGAAUCCCUUGUCGGGAUGUCCAUCCCCUCAGCCAGCCUCCGACACGUACGAUUCUGCACUCCAGGCAAUGACACCGUCGAGUAACGGCUCGAAGACCAUUCCAGCGAAGGCUGCAAAAGCCAAAUGGGACGAUGAUGAAAUCCGGCGCAUGGUCGAGCUCAAGGCAUCCGGACUGUCUCACCGUGAAGUUGCCGAGAAACUUGGCAGAGGCCAGGGCUCAGUCGAGAACAAGUAUGGAAGGAUGAUGCAGAUGGACUAUUGGAAAGAUCAUUCGACUUGCUAUGUACAUGGAUACCUGGUUCCUGGAUCGUGGGAUGACUUUGUGCACCACAUCGACAUCUCUGAGCCUUUAUUCUUAUUCCUCAAGUGGCAGAAUAUGGUGAACGACGAGGACCUCCCAUCCAUCGCUCAGAACGCGGUUGAGCAAGCCUUGCGCUACCGCAAUGGGCGUGAUACGGGACUGGCAGAGUCAUACAAGGCUGUCAUCAAGGACAGGAUCGAACAGAUCCUCCCCCUCAAAUCGCUGGCUGCUGAUCCUGCCGUCGCCAACCUCGAAAUAGUCUCGGACGCAGCCUUGUCUUUUCUCGACGCUUACAACCUGGAGCAUCUGGACCACCCACUGAAUCAGAGGUGGCUCUACAUUAGCGUACAAGCUCUUGCCGCAAUUGAUCUUAAGCCCGUCCUCGUGUGCGGAGACGUGAGACGGCUUCCAACGCCAUCACUACGUCAGGCCGUAGCCUCCACCGAUCUUAUAGCAGAUUGUACCGAUGACCCUCAGCCGGAAGAGACCGAACUUGAUACUGAAAGUGGACCCAACAUAGACGACCAUGAGAUUCUAGCUGCGCAGAUCCCCACUAAUGACGACGAGACUGAAGAUGAGCGCGCCUCCGAUGACGACUAUGAGCCACGAGUAGUGAAGACGCCAGGAGCAGCGAAGGCACCCCGAGCUAGAAAGAAAAGGUCGAGCGGACCGGUCGUUGCCAAGGGCAAGGACCCGUGGAGCGACGAGGAGAUCGGGAGGUUGAUCAAGAUGAAGAUUCGGGGUCUGACUCAUAAGGAGAUUGGCGCCAUACUCGGGAGGAGUGAACCCGCGUGUGCCAUUCGCCAUUCCAUUGUCUUAAAGGAGGCCGAGUGGAUGAACUUUGCUCAGGCCUACCGGGAGAAGAGGGCUGCGGGCGAGAUGUCGGACUCGGACGGCGAGAACGACGAGGGCAGGGAAGAUGAGGUGAUGGAGGAGAGUGAUCAGACGUUGGGAGACGAAGAGAUGACACAGGACACAGAGAUGGAGGAGGUUGAGCAGAUGAGAGAGAAUGAGGGCGCGAAGGAGGAGUAG